AUGUCUCCCUCUCGCCACAUCCCCGCUUGGCUCCGCCCUACUUCCGAUCACAAUCAUCCUCCAGCGCCAUCUCAAUCGCCUUCUCCGUUAGUCUCCGGCGAUCCGAAUCUCACAACUUGUCUCUACCAAACAGAUCACGGCGUCUUCUAUCUCACAUGGUCUCGCAGUUUCUUAGGAGGCCACUCUCUGAAUCUCUUCCUCCACUCUCAAGACUACUACAACCACUCUUCCCCUCUCUCCUUCUCCUCCGCCGAUCUCUCCCUCUCCUCCGCCGUCUCUUUCCAUCUCAACUUAAACACAUUGGCUUUCUGGAGAAAACGCGGAUCCAGAUGCGUUUCCCCCAAAAUCCAAGUCUUCUGGGACUUGACCAGGGCCAAAUUCGACUCCGGAUCCGAGCCUAGAUCCGGUUUCUACAUCGCCGUAGUCGUCGACGGAGAGAUGGCGCUCUUGGUCGGAGAUAUCGUCAAGGAAGCUUACGCUCGCGCCAAAUCUGCGAAACCGCCGACGAAUCCUCAAGCUCUGCUGUUGAGGAAAGAGCACGUGUUCGGAGCUAGGGUCUUCUCAACGAAGGCGAGAUUCGGAGGGAGGAACAGAGAGAUUUCGAUCGAUUGCCGAGUCGACGAAGACGCGAGGCUCUGUUUCAGCGUCGAUUCGAAACAGGUUUUGCAGAUCAAGCGGCUCAGGUGGAAAUUCAGGGGAAAUGAGAAAGUAGAAAUCGACGGAGUUCCUGUUCAGAUCUCUUGGGAUGUUUACAAUUGGCUGUUCCAGAGCAAGAAUUCCGGCGACGGAGGACACGCCGUGUUUAUGUUCAGAUUCGAGAACGAUCCAGAAGCAGAGGAGGUUAGCGAAACGAAGAGGAAAGAAGAAGAUGAGAGAAAUGGCGUCGUUUUGUGGAAGCCGAAGCAGUGUGGAAGCAGCUUGGGGAUUAAAGGGAUCGUGGAGUGGAGGAAGAUGAGGAAGAGAUUCGUUAAGAGCAAGAGGAGUUCGUCGUCGUCGUCGAUCUCGAUGUCUUCGGCUUCGUCGGCUUGUAGCUCAUCGGUUUUGGAGUGGGCUAGCAGCGCCGAUGAGGCGGAGUACGGUGGAGUAGGAUCUUCCGGUACUGGCUCCGGCAAUGGCCUUGGAUUCUCCUUGCUAGUUUACGCUUGGAUUAAGUGA